GGAGCUGAGGUUAGAUUGUGUGGAGCGUUAUGUCGCCGUCUUCUCACCGUUUUUAUGUACAACCGUGGAGCAGGUGCGUGGAUAGACCCCCGAGUGAAUAAAUAAGGAAACCCCUCCUGACUGUUUCCUUAUCGACCGGUUUGACUGCGGCUACCUCAAGUGUAUCGCUUAGAAAUUACAUCCUGGACUCUAAGCAGGUAUCAUGAGAGGUCUGACUGGACCAAAAACGGCUCACUGGUUUGUGGAUUACCCUGGACCGCAUCUUGGGUGUCAUUUCCAGACAGUGUCCGCUUAGCUAAAUUAGUUGCUUUAUUUCUUAGGCGUUUGAUUAUGUUCAACACGUUGCCUGGCAGCGAGUCUGGAUCAGGUCACCGGUUCACUACACCCAUAAUUUAGGAGAAUGCCUCCUGGCUGUGCCUUCUCCGUCUCACCCCUUCAUCCUCAACCCCACCUCCGAAGAUCAAACACCUCUCCAGCUGUCUGAGACAUCCGAGGUCCUCACCUCCAUCCGUCUUGUUUGCCUGCCUGACAGACAAACUUCCCAGAGGUGAUGCGGCGGUUUGUUUACUGCAAGGUGGUGUUGACCACCUCCUUGGUGUGGGUGCUGGUCGACGUGUUCUUGCUGCUGUACUUCAGCGAAUGUAACAAAUGUGAUGAGAGGAAAGAUCGCUCUCUGCUCCCUGCGCUCCGAGCUGCGAUAUCUCGGAGUCACGAGGGUCCAGGCGAGAUGGGCAAGGCGGUAAACAUCCCUAAAGACGACCAGGGGAAGAUGAAGGAACUCUUUAAGAUUAACCAGUUUAACCUGAUGGCCAGUGACAUGAUUGCGCUCAACAGGAGUCUACCAGAUGUGAGAUUGGAUGGUUGUAAAACCAAGGUGUACCCAGAUGACCUGCCCAACACCAGCAUCGUCAUCGUGUUUCAUAACGAGGCGUGGAGCACCCUGCUGCGGACCGUUCACAGUGUCAUCAACCGCUCUCCGAGACAUCUGCUGGUGGAGAUUGUUCUGGUAGAUGAUGCCAGUGAGCGAGACUUCUUAAAGGCAAAGCUGGAGGAUUAUGUGCGGACAUUAGAGGUGCCUGUGAAGAUUCUGAGGAUGGAGCAGCGGUCGGGUCUGAUCAGAGCCCGGCUUAGGGGGGCGGCCGUAACCACAGGCCAAGUCAUCACCUUCCUUGAUGCUCACUGCGAGUGUACAGUGGGCUGGUUGGAGCCCCUGCUGGCUCGCAUCAGAGAGGACCGAAGAGCAGUGGUGUGCCCUAUCAUAGAUGUCAUCAGCGAUGAGACAUUUGAGUACAUGGCGGGUUCGGAUAUGACUUAUGGAGGGUUCAACUGGAAGCUGAACUUUCGAUGGUACCCAGUUCCUCAGCGGGAGAUGGAUCGACGUAAAGGAGACCGAACACUUCCAGUCAGGACUCCCACGAUGGCAGGAGGGCUAUUCUCCAUAGACAAAACAUAUUUUGAAGAAAUUGGAAGCUACGAUCCGGGGAUGGAUAUAUGGGGUGGAGAAAACCUGGAAAUGUCUUUUAGGAUCUGGCAGUGUGGCGGAUCCUUGGAAAUUAUAACAUGCUCACAUGUGGGGCAUGUUUUCCGCAAAGCCACUCCAUAUAGCUUUCCUGGAGGAACAGGCCAAGUUAUCAACAAGAACAACCGACGGCUGGCUGAAGUCUGGAUGGACGAAUUCAAAGACUUCUUUUAUAUCAUCUCACCAGGUGUGAUGCGGGUGGACUACGGAGACGUCUCCUCCCGCAAAGCUCUCCGAGAGACCUUGAAGUGUAAACCAUUUUCCUGGUAUCUAGAGAACAUCUACCCUGACUCCCAGAUCCCAAGAAGAUACUUCUCACUUGGUGAAAUCAGAAAUGUGGAGACCAACCAGUGUGUGGACAACAUGGGAAGAAAGGAGAAUGAGAAAGUUGGCUUUUUCAACUGUCAUGGCAUGGGUGGAAACCAGGUCUUUUCCUACACAGCAGAUAAAGAAAUCCGGACGGAUGACCUCUGUUUGGAUGUCUCCAGGCUCAAUGGGCCCGUCAAGAUGCUUAAGUGUCACCACAUGAAGGGCAACCAGAUGUUUGAGUACGACGCCGAGCAACUGACGCUGCUCCAUGUGAAUAGCAACCAAUGCUUGGACAUGCCGUCUGAGGAGGACAAGAUGGUCCCCACCCUGAGAGACUGCAGCGGCAGCCGCUCCCAGCAGUGGCUGCUCCGUAACAUGACCCUGAGCAUCUGAUCCUUCACCUCGGCAUUCCCUCCUCACCCUCCUUUUCGUAACCCGACUUGCCAUUCCCACCCUCACCAGGUGGCUCUUAACACAUAACAUAUGCUUCCUCCUGUAGCUGCCUGGCCACCAGUCGCAGAGACUCUGGGAUGCAGCAGAGGAUUAACUUCCUCUAUGGAUUUGUAUCCUGUUGAGUCGGGCCUCCGGUUUAAGCAAGGCAGCACCUGCCUUUCCGACUACAUAAUGAGGCGUAUCUCUAGGCUGUGUCCAGGCUGGGAGAACGAUGCAUGAGGUCCGAGCAUGUAGAACACGUAUUUACUUGUAGAAACUUCUCUGCUGGAGGUCAAACGCAUAAACAGAAGAGUUGGUAAAAUAUUGAAAUCUCCAAACAUGUUCGGCAAUGUUAGUGCGUGCAUCAGAUCUUAUCAGCACAGCUGGUUUGCUGCUCAUCUUUUUUUAUCAUCACUAUCUGCUCUGCUCAGAUAAAAAAAAAAUGGUUUACCCUAGGAUUUCUAAAAUGAAUUCAGUUAGAAAGUGUGGUGACAAUGAAUGAGGUAACAUUUUAUUUCUGUUCACCUUGGCUUUAUAAUAAAACAGGAGCUAGUGGUUGCAUUUAUUGCCUUUCUCAAAAACAAAGAGGCAUAUAUUCUGGGAGCUGUGGGUGUUUCCCAUCACAGCAGCUGCUGCCAUCAGAGGGUCAGCAUCAACUCUGUGGGAGGCAUGCUGUCAAACUGCUGUACAAUAUACCCUCUCUGACACUGAUACCAUUUUUUUGUGCUCCACUCUUGUUUGACAGGGCACUGCUGUAAACUUUGUGCUCAUUUUAGAAGGGGUGUCAUGCAGAGCUAAUAAGCAUCUUGUCAGAAACUGGAGACCCAUGAUCACAUGUUGACACCUGAAUUUGUAGCCAUGAAAUACAUUAAUCUAGGAAAAGUGGCUCAUAAAAAAAUAAAAAAAACACUUUAUGAGCUAGGUGGGGCCUUUUUUUUCCCCCCCCCACUCGCUUAUUUUCUUAUAAGCGAGUGAAGGUACAGUGGUGCCCCUUGUUAAAUCACUAAGUACAGGUGACUAACCACUUUUUUGGGGUUCAAUUUUCCUAAGGCAGAUACCUGUCAGGCAAAUAGAAAACGCUUUGCAAACCAGAAGCAUAUACUUAGAAAUUUGUUUCUUCAAACAAAACUUGUUUGUAGGUUUAAUUUACUGGUACUUGUCUAUUUUGAAAAACAAUAAAAUGCCAAUUGAGAUUUAGUUAUGCUCUAUACUUACAACAAGUAUAACAAGUUUAUACUGGCUCUAAAAUGUAUUUGCCUUUUAACAUUCUCACUCCAAAGCAGACACUGUAAGUUUUACCAUAACUCUAGCUAAGGUCAUUUAUGGGCUAAAUAAGCUGCCAAUCAAGCACCGCAAUCAACAACCCUCUAGUAAAAAAGUAUGUAAGUAUAUUUCAAGGAACAAAAAUUCAGUUUAAUUUCUGUUGACACACUUGCAAUGCCAUACUGUUGUAGCUCAAAACUGAUUUAAUUGGAUCCUUUGUCAUGAAAAAAGAAGGUACAAUUUUUGUUCUUUAAAAUACCUCAAAUAUUUUUUUUCUUGUUUUUGUUAAUUAUGAAGGAUGUCAAGCACUGAAUGAAGAAAAUGCCCAUUUUUUAUAUAUUAUUGUAGUAGGAAUUGGAAGAAUUACUUUAACACACUGUUUUAAGCAACAGAAGAAAGUGGAAUGGGAUCACAGUUCUUUCCUAAAAGCCGGAAUGUGGACUGGAAUGUUUUUAAAAGGUUUCACUCAUUGUCAGAAGGGAGAUUAAAAACCCAAAUUGUCCCUGAGCGUGGUUGUAAUAUGUGCCUUCAGACACAUAGCUUGUUGUUCAAACGUCUUUCUGUUGCCAUGUUUUCAUAGAUGAAAUCAGAAGCAUAUGCAUAUAAGAAAAAACAGCCAUAUCUCAAACAGGUUCACGAUCCCAUUCAUUUCUUACACCGACAUUGUAGCAGGUGUCUGCUACACCUACAAUGCAGUGUCAUAUUCUGCUACAGUGUCAUAUUCAUCUGAUGCCCAUAGAAAUGUGAGAGGGACUUUUGAUUGCACCGCUAUGCGGGAUUCCGAAAACAGAUGUUGUACAUAAGGCUGUGAACUUGUUUGUAUCACUGUUGAUGUUGUAAAUAAAGAACCGGUUAUUUUUCUAUGAUCCUGUAAGUUUGAACACCCAUCUGUUUAAAAGGUGAUUGAAAGAUUUUGAAAAAGAAAAAAAGUACUGAAAAGUACCGAAAUACUGAUUUUGGAAUAUCAUAAUUGAUUUCAUAAUUAGGCUGUGUUUUGAUACAGUGCCUUGCAAAAGUACUUAUACCCCUGAUUUAGAUCAAAGCAUAUUUAUAUUUUAGGAUUGCCUAGUCCUAAAUUUGACUGAGGGACUGUACUGAGAAAAUUAAUGUUCACAGAUCAUAUCAAUCAACUUUGACUGAAAGAGUCAGAAUCUAUAUGUGCAUAUUAGGUGGAGAUGCAAACCCCAAAACAUGCAGCUUUAGAAUAUGAAGUUAGAGACAAUAGAUGGAUGGGUGCACCAUAAGAAGUUUGGAAAAAAGAGUUAGUGUUAAUAUUUUCACAAAACACUGUAAUUACCCCAAAGAUAAAUCUUGGAUCACUUUUAGGACCUCAGGUAAGAACACAAGAGGAAGUAACUGUUACAGCUACUUGAAAUCUUCACAGAAUGCUUACUUGGCAUUCGGAGUACGUUUUGAUCACCUCUUUUAUAUUAUAUUUUAAUCGACUGUCUUUCCGAUAAAGUGCACAGAGUAACACAGGAAUGUAAUGUGUCAUUGUGCAGACUGCAAAGUGUUAACUGUAUGUUCUGCCAUUUUUUUUGUUUUGUUUUUGUUAAAAUAAAAAAAUGUGA